CGUCGGUAGACAACUCCCACCUCCCCAUUAUAUUACUGGAAACGAAAUCGGAGCAGGGGAAUGCGGAUGGCCAGGAGAGAACAAAGAGGUUAUGGAGAAGACAGUGUGUCAUCUGUAAUUUCAUUUGGAAAUACGAAGAGACCAUUUAAAUGUGGUGAAUGUGGAAUGUGCUUCAGUCCAUGUGCACAGUUAAUAAACUCACAUCAAUAAACUCACAGAGUGGGGAAACCGUUUAAAGGUAUGGAGUGUGGAAAGAGCGUCAGACACACUUCAUCUCUUACUUUACAUCAUCUAACUCACAUGAGUAGACAACUUAUUGUACAUCAAAGGAUUCACACAACAGAAAAACCAUUUAAAUGAGUGUGGGAAGAGCUUCUGUCAUCGCAUAACGCUAAGCAAACAUCAACAGACUCACACAGGGGAGAAACCAUUUAAAUGCAUGGACUGUGGAAAGAGCUUCACACAUAAUGGAAACUUUAGAAAACACCUAUGGACUCACACAGGGGAGAAACCAUUUAAAUGUAUGGACUGUGGAAGGAGCUUCACAUAAUAAAAACCUUACAAAACACCUACGGACUCACACAGGGGAGAAACUAUUUAAAUGUAUGGAGUGUGGAAAGAGCUUCAACACUAGUGGAGUGCUUAAAAACCAUCAAUGGACUCACACAGGGAAGAAACCAUAUGAAUGUAUGGAAUGUGGAAAGAGCUUUCGUUCAAGUGAUCAUCUGACUUUACAUCAUAGAACUCACACAGGGGAGAAACCAUUUAAAUGUAUGGACUGCGGAAAGAGCUUCACACAUAAUGGAAACCUUAGAAAACAUUUACGGAGUCACACAGGAGAGAAACCAUUUAAAUGUAUGGAGUGUGGAAAAAGUUUCAGUCAGAGUUCAUCACUUAAUAGACAUCAUCAAACUCACACGGGUGAGAGACCUUGUAAAUGUUUGGAAUGUGGAAAAAGCUUUCGUUCAGGUGAUCGUCUGACUUUACAUCAUCGAACGCACACAGGGGAGAAACCAUUUAAAUGUAUGGAGUGUGGAAAGAGCUUCAGUCAAAAGGGAACUCUAAGACUACAUCAACAGACUUGCACAGGGGGAAACCAUUUAAAUGUAUGGAGUGUGGAAGGAGCUUCUGUCAUAGUGGAACGCUAAGUAAUCAUCAAAGGACUCACACAGGGGAGAAACCUUAUACAGCAAAUGUAUGAAGUGUGGAAAGAGCUUCAGUCUAAAGGAAACUAAGAGUACAUUAACAGACUCACAGGUGAGAAACCAUUUAAAUGUAUGGAGUGUGGAAAGAACUUCAGUCAGAGUGGACACCUUACAAAACAUCAAUGGACUCAGAAAGGAAGAAACAUUUAAAUUCCAGGAGUGCAGAAACUGCUUCUGUUUAAUGGAGUACUUACAAAAUGUUUACGGACUUAUAUGGAAGGAACCAUUUAGAUGUAUG